GUGGUGGAUGUGGCUCAUUGUGGCAGUAGGAGGAGUCAUUAUCAUCUUGUUCUUCUUCUUAUGCUAUGCAAAAAUAAAUAAAAAACGCGUAGCGGAAGGGGAGAGAAAAAGGAAACAAAAUAUGCUCAUACAAGAACUUGGAGGUAAUGCAAUACCUUCCACUGUACAUGACAACACGAAGAAUCAAAACAACGAUGGGCAAACUAGCCAUGAGUUGCAUGUUUUUAGCUUUGAAAGCAUUACCAUUGCUACAAGUAAUUUCUCAACCGAAAAUAAAUUAGGAGAGGGUGGUUUUGGACCAGUUUAUAAGGGAAAAUUACCCAAUGGACGAGAAAUAGCAAUAAAGAGACUUUCAAAAAGUUCCAGACAAGGAUUGGUAGAAUUCAAGAAUGAAGUUAUUCUCAUUGCCCAACUCCAACACACUAAUCUCGUAAGACUUUUAGGAUUUUGCAUUCAAGAAGAAGAAAAUAUACUAAUCUAUGAGUACAUGCCCAACAAAAGUUUAGACAUCUUCCUAUUUGAUCCUGCUAAAAAGUACAUAUUAAAUUGGAAAACAUGCUUCAAUAUCAUUGAAGGCAUUGCUCAAGGACUUGUUUAUCUUCACAAAUAUUCAAGACUAAGAAUUGUUCACCGAGACUUAAAAGAUAGCAACAUUUUACUUGAUGAAGAGAUGAAUCCAAAAAUAUCUGAUUUUGGGUUAGCUAGAAUAUUUGGAUUGAAAGAAUCAGAAGAAAACACAAAUAGAGUUGUUGGAACUGGUUAUAUGUCCCCAGAGUAUGCCAUGAAUGGUGUUGUUUCAAUAAAAACUGACGUAUUUAGCUUUGGAGUUCUACUAUUAGAAAUUGCAUGGAAAUUAUGGAAUGAAGGUAAGGAUUUAGAGCUAAUUGACCCAACAAUAUUAGAUGAUUCAUGCAGUCUAUGUGAAGUAUCGAGAUGCAUUCACAUUGCUCUCUUAUGCGUACAAGACCAAGCAACAGAUAGACCGACCAUGCUGAAUGUUGUUUCUAUGCUUUCAAAUGAAACUCUUCAACUAUCUCCUCCAAAGCAACCAAUUUUUUUUUAUUAA